AAGAGUGAAGACCAUCGGUUGAGCCCAGUAACGGCCAAUUAAGCUGCUGGGCUAAGAAAAGAAGAAUCUGUGUUUCUUGCUGGAAAACACCCUAUAUAUAAAUGCAGGUCUAGUUUAGUUAUGCUGGUUUUUCUUCUUAAAGAAAUAAUAUUUCCUUGUGAAAUUUCUUUCUCAUGUUACUGGGAAGGCUCAUACAGAAUCGGUUUUGCAAAUCAGUUUUUGGACAAAAAAUUAUAAAUAAUACGAUUAUUUGCACUUCAAGUGCAUCAUAGUACACAUCAGUUAUAAUUUCAGCAUAAGGAAUUCAUUUCCAACUAGAGGUCUCCCAUAGUCUUUCCUGUCGACCCUUAACAGAGAGAAUUGGCUGAGUUGGCAAAUAGUGUCUUUAAAGCAGAAGAUAUUCUAAUUUCUAAUCAAGAAAUCCAACGAAAUAGUGAGCUGUAAAAUGGAUGAGGCUAAAUUUCUGAAAAGGAAAGUAAGAUCCGGGACAUUGGAUGUCCAUCCAACAGAGAAGGCUUUGGUAGUAAAUUAUGAUGUUGAGGCACUGAUAUUGGGGGAACUGGGAGAUCCUAUGCUCGGCGAUCGUAAAGAAUGUCAAAAGAUAAUCAGAUUGAAGAGUUUAAACGCCGACACAAAUGUUUCUCUCUUAGCCAAAGAGGUAAUGGAAAAGUGCUCAUUGAUACAUGAAUCUAAACUGCACGAGGUUGAGCAAUUGAUUUAUUAUCUACAAAAUCGUCGAACCAAUGAUAUCAGUGCAGGUAGUGAUAGUAAUUUUCAGCCGCCAAGACCGGCAUCGUCGAAUUCAUUGAUCACAGAGAACAUCGAAGUUGAACGUUCAGUCAUUAGUAACGUCGAUAGUUAUAUUGAAUUAUUAUACGAAGAAAUACCAGCCAAAAUUAAAGGUUCAUUGUUAAUUUUACAAUUAGCGAGGGUACCUGAUAACCUUUUGGAAUUGACAAAAAAUGAAUCGUUAUUAAGUGCAUUAGCUCGAGUUCUGAGAGAAGAUUGGCGACGCAGCAUAGAACUGUCCACAAACAUCAUUUAUAUCUUCUUUUGCUUCUCAACGUAUAGUCAGUUUCAUAACAUUGUGCUCGAAUAUAGAAUUGGUUCUCUUUGUAUGGAUAUAAUUGAUUUUGAGUUACGUCGCUAUGACCAGUGGAAGGAGGAUAUGGAGAAACGUCGGAAACAAUUUGAAAACAUCACUGGUCUAACGUUUUUCCCAGCGAGCAAUAAUGACAACUGUGAUAGAAAAAUUAGAAUCAUUGAUGAUAUUUGGAAUAUGGAAGGUCCGUUAGAUUAUGAAGUCAAGAAACGAUCUGUGGAAGUAUCUAUAACCGUCUCUGAGAGUGAUGUUAAGAAGCUAAAGGAAGAACUAGAAAAAAGUCGCAAGAAGUUUAAGAGUUUGACUAAAAAGCAAGAGCAACUGUUGCGAGUAGCAUUUUAUCUACUCUUAAAUAUUGCCGAAAACGCUAUGGAAGUUGAAAGGAAAAUGCGUAAAAAAAAUGUCAUUGGUAUGCUGAUUAAAACAUUAGACAGGACGAACACAGACUUGUUGAUUCUGGUUGUUACAUUUUUGAAGAAAUUAUCCAUCUUUCGCGAAAACAAAGAUCUUAUGAUAGAAGAAAAUAUUAUAGACAAAUUACCAAGACUUUUACAAAACAAUAAUGCUGAUCUUGUGCUAAGUACUUUAAAAUUGCUAUUUAAUCUUUCUUUUGAUGCUAAAUUGAGAGCAAGAAUGAUUAGAGUGGGUAUGUUACCAAAAUGGAUAAAGUUGCUUAGUCAAGCUGAUAUAAAAAAUAAGAGCACAAUUGUAGGACUACUUUAUCAUGUCAGUAUGGAUGACAAAGUGAAAGCUAUGUUUACAAAUACAGAUUGUAUUUCAAUGGUAACGAGCAUGGUAUUAAAUUCUGAAGAUGAGCAUGUAAGAUCUGAAUUAAUAGCACUCGGCAUAAAUUUAGCUAUUAAUAAUAAAAAUGCGCAACUGAUGGUGGAAAAUAAUCAUUUGCAAGGUCUCAUAAAAAUUGCAUUUAGAAAUCAAGAUGCCCUUGUAAUGAAGAUGAUUAGAAAUAUUUCCCAACACGAUUCAAUAAAGGAAAAUUUUGUCGAAUUUGUGGGUGAUUUUGCAAUGGCCUUGACUCAGUCUGAUUCUCAAGACUUUGUACUGGAAGUGAUUGGCGUGUUAGGCAAUUUGGAAUUAUCUGAUUUGGAUUAUUCUCAAAUCAUUCAACGCUGCAAUCUUAUACCAUGGAUACGUAAUAAUUUGGUUCCAGGUAAAGCGCAAGAUGAUAUAGUUCUUGAGAUUGUCAUAUUUCUCGGCACUGCAGCUCAUGAUGAAGAUUGUGCUCGUUUGUUAUGUAAGGCUGAUAUACUUCUCUCUCUUAUCGAACUGCUUAAAGCCAAGCAAGAGGAUGAUGAAAUGGUUUUACAAAUUAUUUAUAUUUUUUAUCAAAUUGCAAAACAUGAUUCAACCCGAGAUUAUUUGAUUCGCGAGACCGGUAAUGAAGCUCCUGGAUAUCUAAUCGAUCUAAUGCAUGAUAAAAACCCUGCAAUAAGAAAAGUCUGUGAUACAUGUUUAGAUGUCAUUGCUAUAUGCGACAAGAAUUGGGCAGCCCGCAUAAAAGUGGAAAAGUUUCGAUCGCAUAAUCAGCAAUGGUUGGAAAUGGUUGAAUCGAUAGGAACAGAUUCGAUCAAUCAUAUGUUACCGGAUGAUGAUGACAGUUUAUCUCCAUUUAUCAGCGGUGAUCUACUAAAACAUACUAUAUUAUUUCCCUCUGGUAACAUAGCAUCAUUUAAUGUGGAUGAUGGAUUUUCGACUAUGAAACAUUCAUCAGAAUCAUCUGAAAAUCCUAGUCGGCCUGUUAGUAGGUAUCGAGAUCUCGAAAUAGGUGAACUUAUGACUCGUUCUAAGUCUCGCAUGUCCGUUGCUUCAGGCAUAGAAGAUUUAUAUUAUAAUUCUAGAGUGAAAUUCAGUGAGGCGGAUAGUUCUCACAUAUUAAUCUGAAAAUUAAUCCAAAUGUCCUGAUAUAGAUACAUGAUUUAACUUUUCAAAGAUACCUAUAUUUUAUAUUAUCUUGACAUUAUAUUUAAUGCAAAAAAUGUUUGCUACUAUUUACAAAGAUAUGCCUGCUUAAACAGAUUUUAUUAUAUGUAUUAUAAACUGUUUUGACCUCAUAGGGCCAGUCUUACCAAUUCCAAUUACUGUAAUCGACCGAUUGUUAUUUUAUAACUAACCAAUCGCGUUUGCUAUUCAACAGAAUUGAUCAAUUGUGGUUGACACUUGAUCGAUUAGGUUAAUCAGAGUUUGUGAGAUCGGUCCAUAGUCAAAAUUUUAGUUUUAUUUUUUUACAUAUUUUUUUAUAUAUAUAUAUGAAUUUAUUUACAAGAAUUGACUUUACACUCUGAUACAUGUAAUGCUACAAAAUAAUAGUAUAUUUAUAUUAAUAGUAAGUUUAUUUAGAUCUCUUUUAUCAUGUGAUAGGCUUCAGGCAGUCAAAAUAGUGUGUAAUGUGUGUGGUUAAAUGUAACAUUAUUUUUAUGAUAGCUCAGGUCUUUCGUAGUCUUUAUAUUGUUAAUAUCAAUUAAUAAAAAGUGUUGUAUGAAAGAAACCAAACAAUUUAGAAUGCGUUCCACUUGACAUUCAUGGAAUCGUCUCAUCCUUGUUAUAUAUUAAAUAUUGAACAAGGACAACUAAUGCUCGCGAGCGUUGUAAGCGCCAAAUAGUACGCAUUUUUAGAAUAAGGGAUGAAUUAUAUAUAAUCUGCGAUAGAACAACUUUUUCUUAUUUAUUGUGUAUAACAUAUUGUGCAAUAAGUAUAGACAUAUUUGACUUCUGCAUAUAUCUUUCACUUUCUUUAAAGAGUACUCAAACAUAUGCAUUAUGUACAGUCAGCAACUAAAAGGUUGCAAUUUUUGACAUUUUCUUUUCAACUGGUUUCAGAAUGCAACCUGUUUACCGUGUAAUUGGUUCUUAUUUAUGGAUCCAUAAGCUUGGGAAUAUAGGCUGCAUUCCGAAACCCAUUAAAAAAGUGUUCCAAUCUUUUAGUUGCUGACUGUAUAUUCUAUGUUGUCUCUUAUUUUUUUAUUGUACCUCUCAUCCAUUUGUUAUUAACUUAUCACAUUUAUAUUAACAUAAAAUGUUUUAUUAUAUCAACAACAUGCAUGACUUAUAGCUAUCAACUACAAUAUCUUCUAAU